AUGGGAGGAGGGAGACGUCGACGGAGACAACAGACGCCGACGGAAACAACACACAGACGCCGACGGAGACAACACACAGACACCGACGGAGACAACAGACGCCGACGGAAACAACACACAGACGCCGACGGAGAUAACAGACGCCGACGGAAACAACAGACGCCGACGGAGACAACACAACAGACACCGACGGAGAAACAGACGCCGACGGAAACAACACAGACGCCGACGGAGACAAGACGCCGACAGAAACAACAGACGCCGACGGAGCAAACGACGCCGACGGAAACAACACACAGACGCCGACGGAGACAACACACAGACACCGACGGAGACAACAGACGCCGACGGAAACAACACACGACGCCGACGGAGACAACAGACGCCGACAGAACAACAGACGCCGACGGAGACAACAGACGCCGACGGAAACAACACACAGACGCCGACGGAGAACAGACGCCGACGGAGACAACAGACGCCGACGGAGACAACAGACGCCGACGGAACAACAGACGCCGACGGAAACAACCACAGACAGAGCAACCGACACCAACGCCGACGGAAACAAAAGACGCCGACGGAAACAACACACGGACGCCGACGGAACAACAGACGCCGACGGAAACAACAGACGCCGACGGAGACAACAGACGCCGACGGAAACAACACACAGACGCCGACGGAGAAACAGACGCGACGGAGACAACAGACGCCGACGGAGACAACAGACGCCGACGGAAAACAGACGCCGACGGAAACAACACACAGACGCCGACGGAAACAACCGAAGACAAGACGCGACGGAAAAACGACGGAAACAACACACGACGCCGACGGAACAACAGACGCCGACGGAGACAACACCGACAAAACACACAGACGCCGACGGAGCAACGCGCCAGACGCCGACGGAAACAACACACGACGCCGACGGAGACAACACACCGACGGACAACCCGACGGGCGGCCGACGAAAAACACGACGCCGACGGUGACAACAGACGCCGACGGAGACAACAGACGCCGACGGAGACAACAGACGCCGACGGAGACAACACGACGCCGACGGAGAACACACAGACGCCGACGGAAACAACACCGACGCCGACGGAGCAACAACAGACGCCGACGGAAACAACAGACGCCGACGGAGACAACAGACGCCGACGGAGACAGACGCCGACGGAGACAACACACAGACGCCGACGGAGAUACAGACGCCGACGGAGACAACAGACGCCGACGGAGACAACAAGACGCCGACGGAGCCAACAGACGCCGACGGCCAACACCGACGCCGACGGAAGGGGGGGGGGGACGCCGACGGAGACAACAAACGCCGACGGAAACAACACACAGACGCCGACGGAGCAACACAGACGCCGACGGAAACAACAGACGCCGACGGAGCCUCUACGAUGA